AUGUUUCAUGCUUCUUUUGACACACCUAGGCUUGAAUUUAUCUGUAAUCACGAUGCCAUUUUGUACCUCACAAUCAAAGAAGGCCACUACUACCUCGACUUUGCCAAAGCACCUGGUCCGUUCUAUCCUGAUCGUGACCGCACGAAGGCGCUCAACGACGUGGAGAUUAGUUUUCGUGUAGCAUUCGAUGUUCGACCCAUCACUGGGAAUGAUUCGAAGAUCGGGAUUGGGAAAAGUGUAAUACGACUCCUCGUCUUAGAUCUGCCGAAGGCCAAAUUCAUUCCCUCGUCCAAGGACAGUAACAUCAAUGAAGCCGCUCUCGAAUUUUAUCUCCGUAAAUAUCUCGUCUUUCUGCAUAGUGCUGGACAUCAUGUCCUCUUCUCUUUACCUGAAUUUGAUGAGGAUGGUCGCUCGCGGUUACUCAUUGACUAUUCCUCAAUGGGAAAUGCCUUCCCCGACCUUGACGAAAUCCAAGGAAUUUCGGUCGAUCUGGUCAAUACCCAGUUGUCUUCCAAUUGGCUGAAGGCGGCGAUGCAAACUGUCGAUGUCGUGGAUGAAAUACACGAUUGGAGAGAAAUAUCUCUUGCGGAAUACCGGAGUACAUUCAACAAUUAUCAGCACAUGGGCUCCGACGUUCAUUUUCACGCGAAGCUCGGAGCACCAACCCUUACUGCGGUUUGCGCACAGGAAGCCACGAUAAUAUUCACAUUAGAAGAGGUUUUAUUCUAUAACGAUAUUCAGGCCGCGGUCGAUCGUAAACAUUCGCACAAAUUCGCUGGGUGGAAAAUCGCUCUUAUGACCGAGAUUAUUCGCAUCGAUGAGGUCGAUGGGGCUAUAUUUUGCAAGAUCGACACCGAGAAGAUUCGAGUGUAUGAAGAGCUCUCCUUGCUCGCCGUGGAUGAAGGUGACGAUAUUGCCGUAUCGUAUACCGAUAGCCUUCUGGAGGCCUUCUUGGACGAGUACAUCUCCGUCAUGCAGACCAUGGGUCGACUCGUGAUUUACGACUCCCGUUGGUCGACGACGACUGUCUACCACAUACUGAACGGCGACAGUGUGAACGAAGAAGACUUCUCAUCCUGGGAGCUGGAGCAGUCGACAACUGGUCCCUCCAGCAACAGGUUCAUAUCUUGGAAGUCGAUGAUCACGAGGACUGAAAUGCACGGUUUCGAUCAAGUCACUGCCGUCUCACAGUCCUCCAUCAAUUCUUACUUCAGGAGUCUCUGGCAUGUUGCGAAAACGUCCAAGAAGGGGGGCAUGCUGUAUGCCUGGUCCUCCGGACCAUUUUCCGCUACUUUCAAGCCGUGGACUGUGCGCAUCUUGAGCAACCGUCGGGCGAUCAUUUGGAUCAACUUGGAAGCUUUGAAAUUGGAGCCCACGGGUGACCAACCUUCUGCAGCCGACGACCGGCAUGAGUUCGAGAAUUGGCAGCUCGCCUUCGAGGUCAACAUCAAGAUUGCAACAUUCGCUGAAAUGUAUAGCAAGGACUCGUCUUCAUCGUUCAAGACAGACUCCGCGGUCUUCAAACAAUAUGGUGAUCAGCAGGACUGCACCCUCAACCAUAUCUUCCUGGACUUCAUGAAUGCUGAAUUUUUACACGAAUAUUCGCGCCUCGACGAUCUGCUCCGAGCCCCAACUCGGCGCUCCAUCGAAAGCUUGCGUGCCGUAUUGUCCCUCGUGCGCCGCUCCUACCUUCCCGCAUUGCAUCAAUGGGGAUUCAGCAUCCUCCAUACCAUUCCAAUCUGGAAUCACGGGACCUUGCCUCCGACGUAUGCUUUGACCCAAGCCGAAUUCCAGAUUUAUUCGGACGUAACUGUAACUCGCCAGAAUUGUCUACAGGCCAUGUCAAGUAUCAUGGAACCGGUCAUCCUGAUACUGGGUAUGACAGGAUUCCGGCCCAUGCCCUCAACGCAUCUCCAGUUCUCGGCGAAUUGGGUGGUCCGCGUUAGCGAAGGUGUUUCCUCAAGCACACUCGCUUUGUCUCGUGAGAUUCUGCUUGACAAAGGUUUGCUUGUGCUUCUGGCUCAAAUUAACGCUGUAACGACAAUCGUGCCUGUCAUGACCCAUAUCGACGACAAAGGCGUAUGGAAGCCUACAUUUACGACCUGGGCUCACGACCCUCAAAGGACUGGUCAGAGAUGUCCCUGGACCCCGGAGAGGCUGGACGUGGACGUCUCCUAUAGAUAUAAAUGGGAACAUCAAGUGUCGUACACCUAUGAACACAAAGGAAGCGGCGUUGUUCAGGGAGAAUAUUCGGUAUCUUGUAUUACCCGUAAUUAUGUAGAACUUCCUGCCGCAAUCAGAAGUGGCACCAUGACAAUUACGGUGGGAGGAGAAGUCACACUUCAUGUCACGUAUGGGACCGAUACUCGCACAGGAAGUGCGAAGUCAUCAGCGAAGUGGAGUGCUUCCCUAGUGCUGCAUACUGAACCAGGCGGGAUCAAGGCAACGGUCACCGGCUCAACUUCUCCUAUAUUCACGAAGCCUGCAUACAGCGGAGAUCUGGCAGCGAUGAUGUACAAUGAUCUCGAUGGCGCCCUAAGCAUCCAAAACUUAUUGCCGACCAUGAUCGACUUCAAAGAUGUUUUGCAAGACUUCAAGCAAUUCGAGGGCAUGUGGCAAUCUUGUUAUCCGGGAUUACAUGCGUAUUGUCUUGCGAAUCCUGUAUUCAACGCUCGAGGCGACCUCCUGUUCGAACUACGGUCCUACAACGCACAACAGUCCUCAGUUUCAGGGCCAUCACCCGGACAGACUACGACACGAAGUGCAAGAGGCAGGGCUCGUCCAUUUGCAAGUCGAGUGUUCAGAAAUGGCCGCACAGAGAGCCAGUUUGGUGGGCUGCAUGUUGAGACCGGCGCCCAGGGAUAUCAGAGCCCAAUGACCUCUAGACCCCCCAGUGGCAUGUCAUUUAAUUCCAGGCAAGGAUCUCGUCGCGAUGCAGGUAUCUCGUCAUAA